UCAGUGGCCUUUGAGGAUGUGGCUGUGGACUUCACCCCGGACGAGUGGGCUUUACUGGACCCUUCGCAGAAGAAACUCUACAGAGAUGUGAUGCGGGAAACCUUCGAGAACCUGGCCUCAGUAGGAAAAGGAAUGGAAGAUUAUGACAUUGAAGAUCAGUACAAAAACCAGGGAAGAAAACUAAGAAGUCAUAUAGAAGAGAGAAUCUAUGAAAGUGAAGCGAGUGGUCAGUGUGAGGAAAACCUCAGCCUUAUUUCAAAUCUCAGUCCGAAGAAGAAAACUUUGCCGAGAGUAAAACCAUGGGAAUACAGUGUGCAUAGGGAAGUCUUCAUGCAGCAUUCAUCGUGUAAUAGGCACAUCAGAUGUCACACUGGACACAACCCCCGUGAGUAUCAGAAAGAUGGAGAGAAGCCACGUAAAUGUAAGGCGAGUGUGAGAGCUCUCAGCUAUCUCCAAAUUUUUGAAAAACAUGAACAAAAUCACAAUGGAGGAGAGAAACCCUAUGAAUGUAAGCAGUGUACUAAAGCGUUCAGUUGUCUCAGUCGUCUACAGAGACAUGAAAGAACUCACACUGGAGAGAAACCCUAAUGUGGUAAAUUCUAUAGAGAUCACUCUAACCUACAAACACACAAAAGAAUCCAUACUGAAGAGAAACCUUAUAAAUGUAAGCAAUGUACUAAAGCAUUUAGUUGUCUUCGUUAUCUUCAAAGACAUGAAAGAAUACACACUGGAUGGAAACCCUAUAAAUGUAAACAGUGUGGUAAAGCCUUCAGAGAGUCCCGUUGCUUAACAACACACGAGAGAACUCACACUGGACAGAAACCCUACAAAUGUAAGCAGUGUACUAAAGCAUUCAUUUGUCCCAGUUCUCUUUCCAAACAUGAAAGAAAGCACAUUGAACAGAAACUUUAUAAUUGUAAGGAAUGUGGAAAAGCCUACAGAGAUUACUUUAAAUUACAAACACACAAAAGGAUCCAUACUGAAGAAAAGCCCUAUAAAUGUAAGCAAUGUACUAAAGUAUUCAGUUGUCUACGUUAUCUUCAAAGACAUGAAAGAAUACACACUGGAGAAAAACCGUAUGAAUGUAAGCAAUGUGGUAAAGCCUUCAGAGAGUCUCAUUUAUUAAAAACACAUGAGAGAACUCACACUGGAGAGAAGCCCUACAAAUGUAAGCAGUGUACUAAAGCAUUCAGUUGUCCCAAUUCUCUUAGUAAACAUAAAAUAAUGCACACUGAACAGAAACUCUAUAAAUGUAAGGAAUGUGGAAAAGCCUACAUAGAUAACUGUAAAUUACAAAAACACGAAAGAACUUACACUGGAGAGAAACCCUAUAAAUGUAGGCAGUGUCCUAAAGCAUUCAGUUGUCUCCGUUAUCUUAAAAGACAUGAGAGAAUACACACUGAAGGGACACCGUAUGAAUGUAAACAGUGUGGUAAAGCCUUCAGAGAGUCCCAUUUCUUAAAAACACAUGAGAGAACUCAUACUGGAGAGAAACCUUACGAAUGUAAGCAGUGUAAUAAAGCAUUCAGUUUUCCAAGUUCUCUUCUCAAACAUAAAAGAGUUCACACAGGAGUGAAACCCUAUGCAUGUAAGCAAUGUGGUAAAGCCUUUAGAGAGUUCCAUUACUUAAAAACACAUGAGAGAACUCACACGGGAGAGAAACCCUACGGAUGUAAGCAAUGUACUAAAGCAUUCAUUUGUCCAAGUUCUCUUAGUAAACAUAAAAGAAUGCACAGUGAACAGAAACUCUAUAAAUGUAAGGAAUGUGGAAAAACCUACAGAGAUUACUGUAAAUUAGAAACACAUGAGCGAAUUCACACUAGUGAGAAACCCUAUAAAUGUAUGCAAUGUAGUAAAGCAUUCACUUUUCCUAGUUCUCUUCGCAAACAUAUGAGAAUGCACGCUGAACAGAAACUCUAUAAAUGUAAGGAAUGUGGAAAAGCCUACAUAGAUUACUGUCAAUUACAAACGCACGAAAGAACUCAUACUGGAGAGAAACCUUAUAAAUGUAGGCAGUGUCCUAAAGCAUUCAGUUGUCUCCGUUAUCUUAAAAGGCAUGAGAGAAUACACACUGAAGGGAAACCCUACGAAUGUAAACAGUGUGGUAAAGCCUUCAGAGAGUCCCGUUUCUUAAAAAAACACGAAAGAAGUCACACUGGAGAAAAACCUUACGAAUGUAAGCAGUGUGCUAAAGUAUACCGUUAUCACAGUUCUCUACAGAAACACAAAAUAAAUCACACUGGAGAGAAACCCUAAGAAUGUGAAAAAUAUAGUAAAGCAUUCAGGUGUUUUAGCUAUCUUCCAAAACACAUAAAAUCAGACUGCAGAGAUGUUCUGUCUAUGUAAGAAAGGUGGUAAAGCCUGCAGGGAUUACAUUUCCUUACAAACACUCCAAAGAACUCAUACUGCUCAGAAACACUAUGAACGUAAAGCCUUUGGAUUUAACAGUUUUUUACCAACACACAUAUAUAUAGGAGAGACCCUGUGAAUUGAGCAAUGAGGUAAAGUUUUCAGUUCUCGUCUAAGUUUCCAAAUACAUAAAAGAAAUCUCAGUGGAGAAAAACUGUGAGUGUACAAAAUGCAGAAAUGCAUUAUUAUUUCGGUUAUCUCAGACUGCAUGACAGAACACUGGAGAGAACCAGAUGAAUGUAAACAUUGGUAAAGCCAUUAUUUGUCACAAACCAUUUGAAGACAGGAGAAUGCACCCUGUAGACACAUCAUUUGAAUGUUCGCAAUGUGAGGAAAGCUUUAAUCCUAGAUUUUUCUGAAGGUAUGAAAGUGGUCAUUGGUUAAAACCGCAAUGUAAACAGUGUGGGAACGACUUAAGUUGAUUCACAUCCUUACAAGAGAAAACUUACCAAAUAAAAUAUAAGUAUCAUGAGAAAACUUGAUGGAAAUUAAGCCACGUAUAAUGUUCCAGAAAACUUUUCACAUGAGAGUUAUUACUAAAUUUCUAAAUGUGUUUUAUCUAGCUUCUUUACAAAAGUGCAUCACUGGCAUGUAGAUUUUUACUAAUUUAUGAACUGAUUAUUGAGGUGAGAUAAUUCUGAGUCAUCUUUCAAGUAUAAUACAUAAGAUUAAUAGGUAUUGCAUUUUCCUUAAAUCAGUUAAUAUUUUCUCUUUUUCCUUUGAAGUCUGUUGGAUCCAUCAAUAAGUUGAAAUGUUUUUGAAAUAUGUAAUUAAGUUCAAUUUUUAUAAUACUGUAUUUGUUACAUUUUAAGGCUCCAUUUAAAAAGGGCAGUUUGGUAUUUGGCUUUUCCUACUGGCCUAGUGACAGUUCCUGGAUAUGCCUAGUUCCCUGUAUACAUCCUAACUUUCUUACUGAUAAAGUUUUUUGGGGGGAGGGUUGGCAAGUAUAAGAGCAUUUAUUAUUUUCCAAAAUUCCGAUAUGAAUUUAUUUGGAAUAAGUAAAUUCCAAUAUGAAUUUAUUUGGAAUAAGUCAUUAUGUAAACUGACAUGUGAGAUAGUAGGGAGGCUGGGGUGUGUAUAUAUCUUUGCUGUCAGGGUAGGAGCCUCAGUGAGUGAUGGUGUCAGUGUUGAUAAUUGGAAUUUUUACCAUGCAGUAUAUUUAAACACUGUUUCAUGCCUGUAGAAGUAAAUAGAGCACAGUACGAAAGUCCUGCAUUCUUGUGGUUAACAGGAAAGAACCCCCAUAAUGAUAUAGAUAUACCUAUACCUAUGGUUCAUCUUCAUUUUUGCAAUUGUUAAACAUUUUGUAUAAACGAUAUGUUGUCAUGAGUUUGGGCAUUGUUUUGGUGGGUUUUUAUUUUUAUUAUUAUUCAGAGACUAUCAAAGUGUGAUUUAAUAUUCACAUGCAAAUGACUUAAAACCUAAAUCUCCUGUCAGCUCAGUGUGAUACCUUUAAGAAGGAAAUGACAUACAAACUUUGCCAGAACAUUUUAGUAAUGAGAUAAUAUGUGUAAAUAUAGAAGUUGACACAUGAAGUUAGCAUGGGUAACAGGCUUUUGUUUUUCUAUUUACUGUUACACAACAAAAUUGAUCACAGAAGACAAAAAUCCAUUUAAACAAAAUCAACAGGGAAUUGUCGAGGCACCUUCUCAUAAAACACAAGAUAAUGAAUGUGAUUAUCACUCCACCUGAGAAAAUUUUUCAGUCUAAGUGAACAUCAUUUUUUUCCAUUUAAGAAUAUUUUACAGAAUUUUAGAUGGCCAGAUAAAUACAUGAAAAAAGGUAGAUAGAAAAAUGAUACAAACUAAUAAUUUAUAUUUUAAAACCCCAAAGGGUAUUAGUGGAGAUGGGAUAGUUCAAACAAUAGCUUUAAAAAAAAAAAAAUCCUAAAACAAUUGUGCACAAGCCGAAGAUUACAAAGAACUCUAGACUCUGCACUUUUUUUUUUUUUGCAUCUUUAUAUUACAUGUUUGAAAUCAACAGGAAUGCAAACUAGACCCGCCCUCUACUUGAGUGGAAAAAAGUUCAAUAUUGUACAGUUUUCUACCUCUUAAUUUUAAAAAGUGGCAUCAAUCCCUGCAUUAUUUAAGUCUGCACUGUUCUAGAGCUUUUUCAGUUUAUUCUCUGAGUAGGGCGAUAUCCACGCAAGUUUACUGUGAUCGCGCAGUGGACACAUCACAAAGCCAUGGUCACUUAGAGCAUCAUCGAAGGAAUAAUUGAGGUGAGCUGUAGAGAGUACCAUUUUGAGAAAUAUCCUCAAGUAUAAGAGAAUAUAUGAGAAAUUUUCAGUCUUUUUGUUGCAGAAGUGGCUGGAAGUCUGUGUUGAUCCACAAAGCCCCACAGCCCAUUUUGCUUUUCAAAGGUUUCAUUUCCAUGUGCUUUGACUUUCGGCACAUGAAGAAGAGUGAGAAAAAUAAUAAUUAUGAGUUAUUACAAAGCAAAGGAAUUCAGUCUAUUUUUUAUAAUGUUAACUUUCAUCUUGGAGAGGUUUCUUUCAGUUGGGAACCAUGAUAGUGUUCUUUUGGGGUGAUGUCAUGUCUUUUGUCUUUUGAUGGCAGUAUCAUACAUCUGUGGAAACUCAUAGGUACACCUAAGAUAUAUGUAGAUAUACAUAUUUAUAAUUUACAAUUUAUGUAUAAGCAAAUGCGUGUGUCUAAGAAACAACAGAAUUGCUUUCAUAUGCCAGGAAAACAUCAAACUCUUGAACAACUCAAGCCCACUCUGUGCCUGCUUGGAAACAUCUUUAGAAAUUUAUGUGUAUCCUACUCUAGAAAAUGUCUCUAAGGCAACACCAGGGGCCUUUGUCCGAAGAGGGUGACAGAAGCAGAUGUAGAAACUAUUUCAUGGGCACAUUUCCUUCCACCAUGGUAAUUCCAGCUAUAGCAUAUUUAUCAGCUCUGCUUGUUUACUUAUUCACAUGACACUUAAUGAUUGACUUCGAAUGGAGAAAACGAAUAGCUCAAGGGUUUGUCAAAAUAACAGUCACUUUAUUGUUGUCUUCCCCACACCCCUUCUUUUAUUCAUCCAAAAGUUUUUAAACCACCCACAGUGGACUUAUUUGUCCACACUUUUUGGUAUUAGAAACUAUUCUCUUCUGCUGGAUAUACACGCAAUUAGAGCCUCUACUGACAACUGACAGAGUCUCUGUGAUUGAUCCUCCAAAACAAGCUUCCCAAUUUGAUCUUGGGUCAUGCAUGCAGGACCCCACAGGCUUUCCCCCAGAGUCUUACCCUGGAAUAAGCAAAGAGCCCAAAGCGGUGCCUCUGGCAUAUUCCAUAUACAGCAGGAAGUGUGUUCUGUUCUGUGAUUCGAUCCAUGUUGAAAGAGGUCACCUUUCUAGACACACUGUUCACUUUGGGAGUCCCUUGGGAGCAUGCAAAUGACCAAGGCAUUUAUACUUUUAUGGACAAGUGUGCCA